CAGGCUUCAAAUAUGAGCUUUUCCCUGGGCGCCGGUAUUUCUGCUAUUCAGUUGUGAACCUGAAAUAUCUUUGAUUGUGUAGCGGACUGAGAUUUAUCUUCAUCAUCAUGGUUGAGCAGUUUGUUGGAACCUGGACUUUGCUUUCCAGCGAGAACUUUGAUGAAUACAUGAAGGCAAUCGGUGUGGGCUUCGCCACCCGGCAAAUGGGGAACAUGGCAAAGCCUAAUCUGGUGAUCAGCGUGGAUGAUGCUGGGAUGGUUUCAAUGAAGUCUGAGACUACUUUCAAGACCACGGAGAUCAAGUUCAAACUGAACGAAGAAUUCGAUGAGACCACUGCAGAUGGCCGAAAGACCAAUACCCUGAUCACGUGUGAGAAUGGCAAACUCGUGCAACAGCAGACGUGGGAGGACAAGACCACCACAUUGGAAAGAGAGAUCCAAGAUGGAAAACUAAGAGCUAAAUGUGUCAUGGAUGAUGUGGUUGCAGUGAGGAUUUAUGAGAAAGGAGCAUAAUCAAACAUCAGUUGUUUUAGACUUGACUUUCACAUUACAAGACGCCAAAUGCAAUGAGCUACUGCCAAACAUGCAAAUAAAGUCUGAA